AUGUGGUUGCUGUGUGUUGGUCGUUUGUUUUGCGUGUACUGUUCUUUUGUUCGAUGUUUUUUCGGCAAAAAACGGGUAUCGAGUGUCUAUGCAAUGGCGAGGUCUCAGCGGAUCGGCCAACUUGGUGGAGGGUUCAGGUCCAGGGCCAGCAAAUUGAUGGCGGUUUGCCUGGGUGGAGUUGUACUUUUGUCUGUCGGGCAGGCUGGUGCAGAAACAUUGCAGGAAGUGCCUCUGACUCAGACUGCGCAACUCGGUCGCUCCGGGAAAACCCAGAAUGGACCAACAUUUAAGGGGCAAGUGGCCCGGUGUGAGUUGGUACAAAACACUGCUCAUACGGCUUCCCAGGCAGGAGCUACCGCGUUGACAUUGUCCAGAGACAAUCUCACCGCUACAUUAGAUUGCUCUGGUGAGAACAACGGCGCCGUGCCCGAAGACCUAACUAACGUGUGUGACCCUAAUCAGGCUGGUAGUGCAAACAAUUGCAAGUUCGGGGAAGCUCAAGGUUCUGAAGGCACUGAGGUCCCACUGCAAGACCUUCUCGGGACUAGCAACGAUGUGGCGUGGGUAAAGGAAUCAAGAUCUCGAACUCCCAAAACCGGCGAAACGUGGACCCUGACGUUAACUCAGGACGAUCUCCCUUUCACAGACAAGCCAUUCUUCGUCGGCUGUAAGGAGAACACGCCAACUCUCGCGCAAGUUCGUGCCGCUACAGUUUCGUGCAAAGUGCCGGUACAUGUGGAAGCGAGACCUUCUUCCGAAACCAACAACGUUGUCACUUGUGCCUACGGUCAAAACAGCAACACAAACGCCUUGGAGGUCGAGCUCACAGCAGAGAAAAACGCUGUGACCAUCGAUUGUGGUAGAGUCGGUUCCCUAAUGCCUGAAAUCACGACCACUCAUUAUUGUGCACCCGACGAUGGAAAUUUGGAUGACUGCACAGCGAAGAAAUAUGUCGACGUUCUCCCCAUGUUUGAGGAGAGUUGGGUGAAGCAGGACGGGGAGAAAUCUUCGGUCACACUGACGAUCCCCGAAUCCGGAUUUCCGGUCGAGGAUCAGAAACUCCGCUUGGGAUGUGUUCCAAAGAGUACAUCCGCAACGAAAUCAGAUCCUGAGUCUGUUGCUGAUACGUUUGGUGGUGCGAAAACAUCGAACUGCAAUGUACUCGUAACGGUUAGAGCAUCGAACGUCCCAUCCUCCGCGAUAUCCACUCUGCAGGUGGCGGCUGUUGCCUCGGGCGCUCGCGCCGUGGCGGGGCUUCUUGCUGGUUCCCUGUUCUAG